AUGUGGCUGGAGAGCAGUGUGUUCGCCACCCCUGUUCUAGACGCGGGCACGAGUGUCGCUGCGCGCCAGGCGGAUCCGCACCGGCUGCGAGAGCAGAUUGGGGGCGACCCCGACCCGCGCCGCCGCCUGCCCGGGGGGCCCGGCCUGGGACAGCAGCGGGGUGCCGGCGCGCGGCUCAGCCUCAGCCGGGGCAGUCCGGGGCGGGGCGGGGCGGGGCGGGGCGGCGGGGCCACACCCUCGCCGGUGCCGCGCGCGCGGGGUCCGCGUCGAGCCGGUCGGUCGGUCGGGCGAGCGGCAGGCGCGGCGAUGGCCCCGGAGCCCGAGCCCCGCGCGGCCUCGACCGCGGCGCUGGCCCUGGCCCGGCGGCUGGCCCGGGGGUGCUGGUCGGCCUUCUGGGACUACGAGACGCCCAAGGUGGUCGUGGUGCGCCACCGGCUCCUGGGCGCGGUGCACCGCGCGGUGCAGCUGCUCAUCCUGCUCUACUUCGUGUGGUACGUGUUCCUCGUGCAGAAGAGCUACCAGGACAGCGAGACGGGCCCCGAGAGCUCCGUCAUCACCAAGGUCAAGGGCAUCACCGCCUCGGAGCGCCGGGUGUGGGACGUGGAGGAGUUCGUGAAGCCCCCGGAGGGGGGCAGCGUGUUCAGCAUCAUCACCAGGAUCGAGGUCACCCGCGACCAGGCCCUGGGGACCUGCCCGGAGAGCGCGAGGGUCAGGAACGCCAGCUGCGACUCGGACGACGACUGCUUGGCCGGCGAGCUGGACAUGCUGGGCAACGGCGUGCGCACCGGGCGCUGCGUGCCCUACUACGACGGCGCCGCCAGGACCUGCGAGGUGUCCGGCUGGUGUCCGGUGGAAGACGGGGCCUCUGUCAGCCAGUUCCUGGGCAAGAUGGCCCCCAAUUUCACCAUCCUCAUCAAGAACAGCAUCCACUACCCCAAAUUCCAGUUCUCCAAGGGCAACCUCGAGACCCGCAGGGAUGGCUACCUGAAGCACUGCACCUUCCACGAGGCCUCUGACCUCUACUGCCCCAUCUUCAAGCUGGGUUUCAUCGUGGAGCAGGCGGGCGAGAACUUCACAGAGCUGGCACACACAGGUGGCGUCAUUGGAGUCAUCAUUAACUGGGACUGUGACCUGGACCUGCCGGCCGAAAAGUGCAACCCCAAGUACUCCUUCCGCAGACUUGACCCCAAGCAUGUGCCAGCUUCCUCCGGCUACAAUUUCAGGUUUGCGAAGUAUUAUCAGAUGAACAACCUCACCACCCGCACGCUCAUCAAGGCCUACGGGAUCCGCAUCGACGUGAUUGUGCACGGACAGGCAGGGAAAUUCAGUCUGAUUCCCACCAUCAUCAACCUGGCCACAGCACUGACCUCCAUUGGGGUGGGCUCCUUCCUCUGCGACUGGAUCUUACUAACGUUCAUGAACAAGAACAAGCUCUACAGCCACAAGAAGUUUGACAAGGUUUGUGCGCAGAAGCAUUCCGCAGGUAGCUGGCCCGUGACCCUGGCCCUGAUCUUGGGCCAGGCUCCUCCCCCACCCUGCCCCUGCUCCACAGAUCCAGGUCAGGCCCUGGCGGCUCUGCCCCCCCUGCCCAGCUCCACCUCUGCCCCAUCUGAGCAGAUGGCGGAUGCUCCUGAGCAGGGCGCAAGACCCAGGCUUUGUGCCUCUGAGUCUCUCCAUCUAGACUCCAUGGCCACGGACCCGCGAGGUUUGGCCCAGCUCUGAGCUUCGCCCUCAGCUCUCAACUGGCCAGUGGGAGGCU